CGCUAAAGCGACGUGUCGGCUGCAGCCACCUGCGGCUCGGGCCCGGUUGCCGCUCAGCUGCAGCAGCACCUCCCAGGGGGUCUCUUGUCAUCGCUGUCCCACCCUGUCCCUGGGGUGUUUAGGGUGGUCCUGGCUCCUUCGCAGCCUCCUGCUGACAGACCCUGUCUCAGCCCACGGGAUAGGCAGCACCCCUGCUGCCCCCUGCAGACCCUCCUGCUGCUCCUGGCUUCCCACAGAUCUCUGCUAGGUCACCCCUCUGACCCUAAACACCUUCUCCAUUGCUGAUGGCAGCGCAUAUUGAUGCUUGAUACCAGUACAUCUACCAAAACAUGAAGGCUAAAACCAAAGGAAAGAAGCAAAGACAAACUGUUAAAGAAGCAUUUCCUGAGGAGUCAGCAAUAAGAAAAAAAGAGCUGGUGAAGUGUUUGCGACACAAAGAAAGGAGGAAUGGGGGAAACAAGGAGAGCAGCAAGAGCACCACAGCCAGAACCAAGGGUUCUUGGAGCAAUAAGGACAGGCAUUUGAGAAGACUGGAAAGCAACGAGCGGGAGAGGCAGAGAAUGCACAAGCUCAACAAUGCAUUUCAGGCUUUGCGGGAGGUGAUUCCUCAUGUGAGAGCUGAGAAUAAGCUUUCAAAAAUAGAGACUCUUACGCUGGCUAAAAAUUACAUUAAAUCAUUGACCUCCAUUAUACUCAAUAUGUCCAAUGGACACUUUGCAUCAACAGAAGGGAUGGGGGGAGCCUGGGGUUCCAGAUUGUACCAGCAUUAUCAACAGCAGCAGGGGGAUGAUGGUCAUGAGCAACAUCUACAAAAGCAUUCCACAUAGAUUCA